UCCCAGUUGCUUAUAAAGCAGGAAYGGGGGAAGACUGCUGAGCUGACCAGGAGUAGAAGAAGACAUUCAGUGCUGUGAUAUUUUGUUCUGUUAUCUUGUUUGUUAAGCAGCCUGCAGGGGUUAACACACCACGUUGUCACGAGACCAUGUGAUAAAAGGGGCUCAAAUACAGAAAAGAGGGGUCAGAUGCAARAAUGUGUGGGCGAGCUCUAUUUGGAGCUGCAGCCAGUGGCUCGAAUUGAAGAUGUAGAAAAUCGUACAGUGAAAAAAGAGGAAGAAGAACCACAACAAUGAAUGGAACAACAGGCCAUGUGGUAAUAAUCGACGCCGUUAACGUCACCAGCAUCUUUGGCAAUGGCAGCUCAAGCUUCUUCAACAUCCCCAAACCCUUAAACACAGCCAUCAAUGUUAUAACCAUCGCCAUCCUCUUCAUCACUAUGAUUUCCCUUGGCUGCACAAUGGAGAUUCACAAAAUUAAGUCCCACCUUCUCAAGCCAAAAGGAGUGGCCAUUGCACUGGUGGCCCAGUUCUGCAUCAUGCCUCUCACGGCGUUCGCUCUGACCAAAAGCCUGCGGAUGCCUCCCAUUAAGGCUGUGAUUGUGCUCAUCUGUGGCUGCUGUCCRGGGGGAAGCUUGUCAAAUAUCUUUUCGCUCGUGGUGAAGGGUGACAUGAACCUCAGCAUCGUGAUGACAACUUGCUCUAGCAUCGCAGCCAUGGGUCUAAUGCCUCUGCUGCUGUAUAUCUUCAGCCAAGGCUUCACGGGUCUGGAAAACGCUGUGCCGUWUGUUGGCAUUAUCACCACCCUUGUUUCCACGUUGGUGCCGUGUGCUGUUGGCAUUCUCAUCAAUCACUACAAACCAAACUACUCAGCAGCUGUCACAAAAAUAGGUGUCAUCAUGCUGGUGCUUUUCGCCAUCGUAGCUGCUGUCCUGUCGGUUUUAAUAUUCAAGGAUGUGAUAUUGAUGAUCUUCAUGCCCGACUUCAUCGCUGCGGCUGCGCUGAUGCCUUUGAUUGGAUUCACUCUGGGAUACGUAAUGUCUGCAGUUUGCAAACUCAGUCCAAAGUGCAGCAGAACCAUCUCAGUGGAGACAGGAUGUCAAAACCUCCAGCUGUGCUCCGCCAUUCUCAAGGUGGCCUUUUCCCCGCAGGUCAUGGGACCCAUGUUUCUCUUCCCCUUGUUAUACAUCAUGUUCCAGUGCGCUGAGGCCCUCCUCCUGGCCUUGUGCUUCAGAUAUUACCAAAGAGUCAAGCCACUUGCUGGGGAUACUGGAACACAAAAACAUGCUGGUCUUCAACAAGAGGAGGUACGACCAUGACACCGAAGAGGAGUCCUGGAUGAACCCUUAUGUUUGGGACACCAACUGGAAGACCAACAAAUACUUUUACACAGAAAUAAGAAGUUGAAUUGUUCAAGCUUUCUAUUUAUGUUCACGCCUGGAAAAAAUCUUUUGUGACAAUUUUAUGUAAAAUUUACAAUUGACAAUCAAAUGAUCAGCUUUUUUAAAGACUCAAGAAUUACAUACUUUGAUAAAAAUACAUAAAGAAAAGGCAACGCCAUGAAAAAAACAAAAGGAUAUCAUCAGUUUCAACACAUCAAAUAAUAUUUAAUCAAAUCGACGUAUUUACAGGAUAAACACAACUUAAAACUUUGUACAUAUAUUAAAAUAGCACAUUAACUAAAAACAAAUCAAGUUUCAGUCGAGUAAAGUGAACACAAAGAUCA